UCCAAAGAAGCUUUCUUGGGGUAGUCGAAUACGUUGAGGUUUCUCUUCUGUCUCUCCUUCGCUCGCUUGGAAGGUUUUCUUUUUCCUCGCUGGAAAAUCUCUCUGCGGUGGCUCACGAGUAAUACACAAUGGCUCGCUCUCUCUCCAACACUAAGCUUUUCUCUUCUCUCCUCGUCGAUGGAUUCUCUAAUGCUAUAAGCAGGCGUGGAUACGCGGCGUCGUCACAAGGAAUAAUGGCGACGGUAGCAAGAGGAGGAGGGGGUUCAUCGGGUGCAAGGAUGGUGAAGAAGGCAGGAGAAGAUGCUGCGGCGGCGGGUUCCACCGAGAAGGUGGCCUGGGUCCCAGACCCCGUUACCGGCUACUACAGACCGGAGAACUGCAUGGACGAGGUCGACGUGGCCGAACUGCGUGCACUGCUCUUGAAAAGCAAGCACUGAGUGCCCUCGAUCUGUACUACUGUCGACUAGAUAGUUAACGGGUUGUAUAACAUUUUCCAGAUUUGUUAGCUUCUGAUUUUGAGGAAUGGAAUAAUUUCAUAUCUAUUCUUCCUACCUUAGAUGUUCAGAUGGAGUCCCCAUCCCCAAAAUUUCCUGACACAUUUUAAAUUGUUUCAAAUAUCAAUCAUUUAAAUAGAAAAAUGGAUCUACGUUACCCAUAAUAA